AUGAGGAUCACAUUAUUCUCCAUUGUCGCCAUUGCACUGGCCAGUGCCAAUCUAGGAACUCGUCAAGCACCACCACCUAUACAAAAUUCAGAACCUCCGGGAAAACAGAUCUGUAACGCAUUGUGCCGCGGCAUGAUGAAAUGGGGCCUGAACGAUGCGCUGAAGCCUCCUGCGACCGUCAACCCCCCCUUGACGAAUAUGCCACUAGGCCUAGGCGUGCCUCAGCCCAAAUCGAAACCUGAUCCGUCUGUCAAGACUGGAGUGACGCGAGUGCCGGGUCAGCCCCUUGGACCACAGAAGUGCAGGCCAUGCAACAGGAAGAGGCAGCUCUGUUGUGGUGGCGCCCCGACCAAGGAGAUCCUCAAGAGUAACAAUGGGCGUCCGGUUCACCGCAUGGCGAGAAUCCGGGUGACCAGGGCAGUGGCCAGGGCAGCAGCCUUUUCUCUUUUAGUGCCGCAUGCGAGAAACUUGCUCGAAGAGAUCAAGCAGUGGGAUAAUCCUAUUGGUUACGCUGUCAAGUGGUUGGACGAAGCGAUAGCCGCUCUUCAAGAGGCAAUUGGAGGCCCGCAGCGGUAUGACAUUGACGGAAACGACCUGAAAGCAAAGUUGAUUUGUGCAUUAAAAGGGGGAGAGGCGGAGGAUAUUAUUGCAGGGCGCAAAAACAACAUCUGCAUACCCAUGGCUGAUGAGUUCAAGGAAGAUCUCGAGAGCGAUUUUAAAGCGGGAAGGCUUGACGAGCUCAUUGACAUGUGCAAGGAUGAGACAUAUAAGGGAGGUGACCCGCACGUUUGGGAGUGGUUCAAGAGGCGCUGUGCGGCUCUUCGUCGAACUGACGAAUAUGCAGAGAGGAUAUGGCAGAUGGGCCUCGACGGGCUCUUGGAUGCUUGCUCUAACCUUGGAGACGGCUCUACGCAGAACCAAGAUUUGCAAGCAAAAUUGGAAACGCGCUGCACCGCGUUACAAGAAGAGAUAUACCAGGUGGAACUGGCUGCAAAACUCCCGCCUUAUUGGGCCCGAAAGGUUAUAUCAUCGGGAUGCAAGUGCCCUCCCUGGUAUAUGUCACCACCUACCGGCUCCUGUGUGAUGAUGUGUCGGACUGCCGCACAAAUAAGCAAACGGCCUAGACCUGGCAAUCGGCAAUAA